UUUAAAAAUCGAAGUGUUAUAUUUUCAUUUUGGUAUUUGCAUUUUUAUGGUAUCACAAGAUAAAGGUCUAUUCUUCGACAAUUUAUGUCUGCAGUUUAUUCUGUUAAUAUCAUUGUAAUAUUAACGGGGUCGACUGGAUAUAUUAAGGAAACUCUAAUAUUACGCAUCUCAUAAAAAUGAAAUGCACAAUUUUGAAUGUCGUUCUCGUUGGAGUAGCUAUGGUACUGAUAUGUUCACCUACAGAUGCAAUGGACACUGUUGAAAUGGACGAAGAAGUAUCGGACACUUCGCUUAUUGUCAAGAUAAUUGGGCAUGGUGCACCCGUACUUCCUGUUGGAUUUACAACUUCCGCUAUAGUUUGUGCAGAUGUCGUGAUGAUCCUUGACAUAUCAUGCUCCAUAUCACGCCCAGCGAAGCAACGUGUUAGGAACAUUGCAGCGGCCGUUGCCCAGUCCCUUCUUACAUUGAUAAAUCCUGAGGACCCAUCAUCUUUCAGUCAGGCUAGAGUGGGGGUCCUUACAUACAGUGAAGACACGCGACACGUUUUAUAUCUAAAUCAUACCAAACCAAGUAAGCAAGCCGUUAAAAUUAUCAAAAAUGUGAAAAUAGUAAAAAACAAAGAAACGCUGUGUAGGACGGCAACUCACCGAGCACUACGUGAUGUACGAAAUUAUUUCUUCAAUACCAGACAGCAAAAUAAUAAACAAGUGAUCCAUCUUUACACGGAUGGACUCACUUUCCUAAGACGUAACAGAAAGGCACUCUAUCGAGAACAGAAGAAACUCAAGGAUAUGGGUGUGAUCAUAAAUGUGAUUGCUGUACCCCAAAGGAUUGGUAAAUUCGAAGAGGAAGAAUACACGACGUUACCGCAUACCCAACAACAUUUAUAUAACUCUACGGAACCAAACAUUGCUAAUCAACUAAUAGAUGGCCUGAUAAAUGAUGCAUCUUGCGAAGAUAUAGCAAAAACGUCAUAGUCAGAUAAAUAAGUUGUGCAGCUAUGUUACCAAAAACAAAGAUGGCAUAGUUCAAAUUGAAUCCAAUGGUGACGAGAAAUUGUCAUAUACACAUGGACACGGCAUUACAAAUGCAUAUCAGAAACAUUGUAUGAAAAUUUAAGAAUGCAAACGUCUUUAUUGUACUCCUAUUAACAAGAGCAAAAUAAACAUUAAACAGUUUUUAUACCGC